GCUGCAGCAGGACGGCCGGCCGGCGGCUCGGGGCCGCGCUCCGGGAACCUCGCGGGGCGGGCGGGCGCCGCACCCCGGCCUGGCCGCCUGCGCCCCGGGGAGGCUCCCUGCGCGCGACUGGACCAGCAGCAUGAGCAGCGGCUACAGCAGCCUCGAGGAGGACGCGGAGGACUUUUUCUUCACCGCCAGGACCUCCUUCUUCAGGAGAGCGCCUCCGGGCAAGUCCCGUUCGGGUCAGCCGGAUGUGGAGAAAGAGAAGGAAACUCACAAUUACCUCAGCAAAGAGGAAAUCAAAGAGAAAGUCCAUAAGUACAAUUUAGCCGUCACAGACAAGCUGAAGAUGACCUUGAAUUCAAAUGGGAUUUACACUGGCUUCAUUAAGGUGCAGAUGGAACUCUGCAAACCGACGCAGACCCCUCCCAACCCCGGGAGACCCCCGCCCAGUAACAGUGACUGUGUGAACACACUUCAUAUCAGUAGCACAAACACCGUGGGGGAAGUGAUCGAGGCCCUGCUCAAGAAGUUUCUGGUGACGGAGAGCCCCACCAAGUUUGCACUUUAUAAGCGUUGUCACAGGGAAGACCAAGUGUAUGCCUGCAAGCUCUCCGACCGGGAACAUCCACUCUACCUGCGUUUGGUAGCAGGACCCAGAACCGACACGCUUAGUUUUGUUCUUCGAGAACAUGAAAUUGGAGAGUGGGAAGCCUUCAGCCUGCCAGAGCUGCAGAACUUCUUACGCAUCUUGGACAAAGAGGAAGACGAGCAGCUGCAGAGCCUGAAGCGGCGCUACGCGGCCUACAGGCAGAAGCUGGAGGAAGCCCUGGGUGAGGGCUAAGGCCGGGGCGUCCCGCCAGGGGCACAGCUCGGGACCUGUGGGAGAGCAGCGUCGUCUGCUCAGAGAGCUGAUGUCGCGCCCCGCUGUGCCAGGACCUUCCUCUUUUCCCUCUAGACACAGCUCUCAAAGCCUGGUCACACAGCAUCCUGCGCCUCACGGACUGGCACAAGGGACUCUGCAAGCUUGUCCUGUCUCGGCAUGGCGAUGCUACCUCUUGCAAGCUGUGAGCCUGUGGUCAUCAGGCACGUCCUGGAUUGCUUGGAAGCAUGGACUCUGGCUUGAUUUCCUGUUUUCUUCUAGUGACUUUGGUUAUGUGAUUUUUGUUAAGCUUCAGGGUGGGCAGAUAUUAACAAGCAGCCUUUGAAUACUUGUCCUGUGGUGGAACUACCUGCUUGGUUUUCUUCUGUCAGAACAGUGUGUCCCGUGAUCUGGAAGACCGGAAUUUAGGAUCUCUGGGGGGUCGGGAAAAGAGUUUGUAAGAGUUUUGAUGAAGAAUGCAGAGCGCACGUCGGGAAGGGAGAGGAGAGGAGAGAGCCCAUGGCUUGGGCAGGUGGCAUAGUGUCUGAGUUAGCGAUAGAGGAGGAAGGUGUAUUUGUUUGUCAAGGAGUUAAAGCAUCCAGGGUUCAUGUUAGGUCAUUUUAAGAUUGCUUGAUUUGCUAGGUAGCUGUAAAGUGUGGGGUCAGAGCCAAAGGGCUGGGAGCUAAGUCCAAGAAGGGAUCCAUGAACUGCUCCUGACUUGUGGUGGACUGAUGUGGACCUCCUGCUGCUGGACCUGGUCUCUGCACACCACUGUGCUGGUAUGCAAUGGAUGGUCUCCAGGUAUAGCGUCUCUGUGUAGGUGGAGCCUGACCAUGACUGAUUUCCUAUUAAAUGUAAGUUAUUUCCCCCCCAGACGUUGUUCUCAGAGUUAAAAUGGAGUUUAGGUAAGGGCAGCUGUCUUCCCUUCACCUGUUAGCUAGAAGAUGUGUCAAGCCCAGGGCUCACAGCAAACUCUGUGACAAUCACUCUCUUGUCCUUUCCUGCCCCCACCCCCAGCCAUCCCUCUCCAGAAUUCUUCCAACCUAGAAGACAGGGAUGCUGAUUAAAGGCCCAAUCCUACCACAUCCUUGCCUAUAAGAGAUUUGACUAAGGGCCCCAAAGAAGGAGUCCACACCCAGCUGACUGCACACGAGGCCUUCAUUGUGGGACUAUUUUAACAGAAGUGUGUUGCGUCUGCUCCUUCCAACCAAAGAAAUACACGUGCAAUAGAAGCCUUCCCGGGGACAGGCGGGCCCAAUCGCCUCAUUUCCCGCAGCAGCUUGCAAAUCCGAGAGCAGAGGGAACAGCGAGCUGGGCUUCCGGAGGGGCCUUACAGUCAGUCUGUUUUUAGUCUAGAUAGAUUUUGCUGUUGUUUAUAAAUUCCCAAGGAAUUGUUAACUCGGUGACACUUAAUGGAUUCUUUUGGAAAUUCCAAGGUGCUCCGGCUAUUUGCCUUUCUAUGAACCGUGCCUUCGACUGAGUAUCUGUCCCUUCAUGGUGGCUCUCCUGACUUGUCAGAGAACGGCAUGGGAUGGGGGAGGGGGCAGAUCCAAGCGUGGGUUGUGUACCACAAGCUCCAGAGACAAUCAUCUUCUAAGCUAUUAGGAAGAGUUGGGGAAAAAAAUAAAACAAAAACAGUAGAACUAGCUAUAAAAUAUGAAUGGCACAUCUUGUUUAAUUUUGCAUGUAAUUUCUUUUUAGCGCAUCAGUGAGGUUUUAGUGACAUUGUCACCCAACACUUUGCCUUUGUUGUUCAGGGAAUGCCUUCAUGGUUUCUGUACUGGUUUUACUAUUGAGACUGUGGCUUGGGAUUGUGUUUGCUGUCGCCGGCCAUCUGGUCUUUUAAUUACUCCUCCCAGUAAGCUUAGAGUUUGUGAAGCGUUAGUUUCUCAGUUUAAGACCCUGUUAGAACCUAAUAGUAGUAGCUGAGGGCUGUCUGUGAAUUUUUUUAUUUUAUUUUAUUUUUUUACUUGAAGUAGAGUGUGUGAUGCAGGAAUCCUUAUCUGUAUUCAUCCGAACCUUGGAUCACUGUCCUGUACACUACACUUGUGACUCGGGAGCUUGACUGGAUUGAAGAUCUGCCAGUUCCUGGCUCCUGAAGACUGCUGCUCUCCCAAACACUGGCUCCUGCAGCAGCCUUUUCCAAGCAUAAAAGAAGAAAAAGCCCCAGAGGCCAAAGAUCUGUAUUUGUAACCAUUGUUUGAAGCCUUCUGUAGAAUGAAACGAAGCUUUGCUGGAAUACUGUUUUUCUCUCCAGAAUGUGAUGGUACCAGAAUGGUGUUAAAUGAAGGGCAGAGUUGCAGGGGAGCAUUUUAAAUCUAGAUGUUAAAAGCUAUAUUUAUAAUGUUGAUGAGUUUGAGUUUUAUUUUUAUAGGGAAGAUGUUUCUCCCCUGAAAUUGUGUCUGGAAUGGCAAAAUUGUUUCUAUUAUUAAAAAUUGAAAUCGUUA